AUGGCAAAUGCCGUCGAGUCGAGGUUUCAGCCUCGAGGAAUUGAAGAAAAUCAGGAUGGUACUGACGAGAUCGAUCUUCGCUUCUACGAGGUUUCACUUGAUCGACCGACUGGCAUCGAGUUUGCGACAGACUUGAGUCUUAAGUACGUCUAUGUCAUGGAGGUGAAGGACAACAGCCCUGCCCAGCUUUCUGUGACUCCCGUCCUUGUUGGGGAUCAACUUGUUGCGGUCAACGAUGAGGAAUGCAUUGGAAUGCCAUUUGCUCAGGUUGCUGACCUUCUCGGCAAGAAUCCUUCGGUCCCUCUCAAGUUUCGCUUCUUCCGUGGAAGCAAGCAAGAGCUUCUGACGGCGGUUGGCAUCUCAUUGAAGGGGGCGAACAGACUGAUGAAGAGGCAGGUCGGGAGGGAAGACUACGUGGCCACCACCGCAGAGGUUAUCGUGAUCAACCCUGACGGGCAGGAAGUGACGUAUGAGGCAAGGGCGGGAGCGAACUUGAGAGACUCGCUGAUUGAGAAUGGCGUACAA